CACAAUGCAAAAUGUUGUGUUUGCUGGGAAAUGCAAGGCUAAUGAUUAUCUUGUAGGCAAGAGCUUGCCUACACAGCUCCUCGACGUGUGCGCUGCUUCUCUAUAUUUGCCUGGUCGCCUCGACGCGAGCUAAGCAAAGCAUGCUAUAAUGUGACAUGGUAAUGCCUAUGAAUAGCAGUCAUCCGGGGAGUGAAGUUAAGAUGGAUAGUUUGAGAGUGUCAAGACCCUCCCGAGCGCUGCGAACCCUCCUGACCCUGCUAGCAUGGAUAUCCUUAACAGGAGCAAUUGAAGACAUGGAAACGGAGGAGCUGUUGGUCGGCUGGCGGGGUGAGACCUAUAACGCAGGGGCCCACACAAAAAGCACGACGGUGCCUGCUGACUCUGGUGACGUGGGUGCGCCCUGGAUCGAAACUAUAUCAUGGGUGCCCCGCGCUUUCAUCUACCACGGCUUCCUGAGUCAUGCGGAGUGCGAUCACCUGAUUGGCCUGGCCCUGCCCAAGCUGGAGCGCAGUCUGGUGGUUGGCAACAAGAGCGACGAGGUGGAUCCCAUCCGCACCUCGUAUAGCGCCAGCAUUGGGUACAAUGAGACGGAUGUGGUGGCUGACAUAGAGGGCCGAAUAGCGCGCUGGACGCAUCUCCCACGGAGCCAUCAAGAGCCUAUGGAGGUGCUUCGGUACAUCAAUGGUCAGAAGUACGACGCACACUGGGACUGGUUUGAUGAAACUGAGACGGGGGGCACGGGCGGCGGCAACCGCAUGGCCACUGCAUUGAUGUACCUGUCAGACAUGGAGCCGGCGGCGGGCGGUGAGACGGCGCUGCCGCUGGCGCAGCCCCUGGACUGGGAGGUGCAGGGGGUGGAGGGACGCGGCUACAGCGAGUGCGCAUCCAAAAUGGGCAUCAGCGUACGUCCGAAAAAGGGCGACGUGCUGUUGUUCUGGGACAUGGAACCGGGUGGCCGGGAGCCGGACCGGCACGCGCUGCACGCCUCCUGCCCCACCUUCUCCGGCACGAAGUGGACCGCCACCAAGUGGAUCCACAACACGCCGUACGGUUGAGCGGUUGGCGCGGUUAAUGCGGUGACUGGCGGCUGCUGGCUGGCAUGAUAGGGGGGAGUGAGCGUUAGUAAUGGGGGCCGUGAUUUACUGUCAUGCUUGAUAGCCCAACGCGAGUUUGGCCUGCGUGGUGGACAAUUUGAGGAAACAUUUGAGCCCCUGUGCGCAAGCCAUGUAGUACCGUAGUGUGCGAAGACUUUGUUGCAGUAAGCACUGAGCCUAACAUUGACAUUCGGUGACGGUUUCACGGUUUCAGAGCGGGUAGCUGAUGCACGUGCUGACGCCUUGGCCUCCCCAUGCCGUGCCUGUGUGGCCCGACGACCACGGCGACGGUGUGACGUUGCGUUGACUGGGCGUGUACGUGUGUGCGCGGUGGUUUGUGGUUACGUGUUUAGCAGGGCCAGGGCCAGCGUAAUGACGCAUGGCGAUUGCAUGGCACAAAGGCUGACAGCCUGAGAUAGACACGGCAGUGUACGGUAAUAAUGCGCGUGGGAACUGGCGGCUACUGCGUGCAGGGCCAUGUACCGGCAGGCAAGCGGCCGGGGCUAGUCUCGGGACCCGGACAUACCAGCAGGUCUGCCAGGCGUGCCCGGGUUCUUCACACCGAUUCACCGAAGGUCCGAAGCUGCAGCUGCCUGCUCAGCCACUUUUAAUUCAGAUUGCA